AUGCCCAUUAGGAUAGUCCUAGUCCAUGCAACGAUCGACUUGAAAGAAUCUUACAUAGGAUGCUACCUAAACAUCAGCUCAACGAAAACAGUUGCAUCAGUUGGCUCAGUGGAUGAAUGUUCAAUAAAGGGCAAGUUGGAAAUUAACAAUAUGAUUGUUUUGAAGAGUGGAAAAGAAUGCAACUGUACUGGAAGGUUAGAUUCAGCAGUAGCUUCAUCCCAGUGUGAUGUUCCUUGCGACAAUAAAGAUGCUUGUGGUGGAAACAGAUGUUAUUUUGAUUUUGAUAUCUGUUUUGAGACAAAUUAUACGUUUUUCCAGAAGAUCGACACGUCGAACAGAUGUGGUUGCUUUCAAGAACAUGGUACAGGAAAUAGCUCCUUCACAGCAUUAAUUUGUGAUCCGUGCUCAAGUGACGGAUCCGAAGUUUGCGGAUGUUAUCACCAAGGUCAUGAGACAAAAACAACGAUAUUCGCAACACGCUUCCAAUACGACUUCCAACGAGGAGUAUCGACUUAUUCUCACUGCAGAAACAGAAACAAAGAAAGUUACAAAAUAACUGCAAACUGUCCUGAUGGAUGUGAUCCGGGAUGGAGAGGUGAUUCAUGCAGAGAAAGAGAUUGCUCAUCAGGUGGAGGAGAUUGUCCUGUUGGAAUGGAAUGUAUUGAGUCCACGGUGAAUGGUAAUAAGUACGUUGAAUGUAUUUGUCCACCCGGUAAUGUCAGAAACAAAUGGAACCAAUGUGAGGUUUUCAGGAAAAAUUUAGCCUUGCAUAAACCACCUUAUUACAGUUCACACAUUAUCGAAUACGACAAUCACGAGGUGGGUGCUCAUUACAAAAUACAUUUAACAGACGGCAACUAUGACGGCUACCACAUAUCUCACAUAUUUGAUGCCAUGCCAGCCUGGAUGGCUGUCGACCUGCUCAGUUUAUAUUGCGUAGGAUUCAUCAGAGCGUUGAACGAAACGUUCGACGUGAGCAAUAGAGAAGACAUCAGGGACAAAGUCAACUUGUGCGAUUUUGUUUUCAUUCAACCAUCUGAUGAAAGAAUGAAAGAUCAUCACACUGCACUUGCAGAGUUGGAAGUAUUCGAGGCUGGAUGCGAUCUUUUCAACGGGAGGUAUGGUGUGGAACCGUGCAGAGAAGAGAAGAAAGAAGGGGCAGUCACCAUCCAUUGUUCAUUUGAGAAAAAAGGAGAGGAAGAAGAGGAAGACAAGCAGUCGGAAGUUUCGUCUGAAGAAGAUGAAUUGUAG